AUGGUUUCUUGGCGCAUUCGUGGUGAAAUGGCUGAAAUCGACGUUGAUCAAAGUUAUGCUGGACAUCCGACAAUGUUUUCAAUAAGAAUGCACCAUGGAGGUGAGUUUACAAGCUUUCCUGGAAGGAAGUAUAUUCGUGGGAAGCAAACAUUUGUUGAUUUACUGGACAUUGAUACCUUUUCCGUUAAUGACAUUGAUGAGAUGAUGGAAGACCUAGGGUAUGCUUCAAUAGGUAAACCACUUUACUAUCACUUUCAAAGGCCUUUAGGCGAUUUAGAUUUUGGGUUAUUCGCUUUAGCUAGUGAUGAAGAUGUUCGUUAUUUGGGGAGUUUUGUGGCUAAGCAUAAGUUAAUUGAGGUAUAUAUAGAGCAUGACAAAACUACUCUGCACACCUAUUUAAUGUCCCCAACCCACAGUAAAGUUCGUAUAACGGAGAUUACUGAACCUCCAUCUUGUUCAAAGAGACUGUUCCUGGAGUGGCAUAGCACACCUGCUGUUGACUUGGAGGAUGACAUGGAUCACAUGGAGAAAGAAUCGGGUAAUGAUCCUACACCCACUGGUCAUCUGGAGAAGGAUUUGGGUAAUGAUGCUACUCUCACUGAUCAUAUGGAGAAUGAUUUGGGUAAUGAUGCUACUCUCACUGAUCAUAUGGAGAAUGACUUGGUUAAUGAUGCUAAUGACUUUGGCACACAGGAUGAAGCUUUAGAGGUGAUUAACACUGACUUUUUAGCAUCUGAUUCAUCAUCAGAUGAGGGGAUUAAUGGUCAAAGAAAGAAAUCAAUAAGAGCAAUUCAAAGGGCACAUGAGAAUGAUGAAGCACUUGUUAGUGAACCCUUCUAUAUUUUUCAAAAAUUUGGUUCAGCAAAGGAGUUUAAGGACAAGGGAACAAUACCAAAGCUUGGGCCUAAUGUAGAAGUCAACGAUGAAGAAGAAAUAUGUCCUUGGGUCUUAUUAGCUAGUAAAUGGAAAAAAGAUGUCAACUGGACAGUUAAAACGUACAACAAAGUCCAUAAAUGUCUUCAAACUAGAACAGUAAAAGCAUGGCUUUGCAAGAACAGCUACAACGGAGGUUUAAGAGAUUACAUUGUUGAGUUACAAACUCGUAACCCAGAUACGACUGUUAGGGUUGAUGUUGAAAGCGAAGGAAAUCCACACAGUGAAACGAGGACAUUCAGACGCAUUUACAUAUGCUUGGGAGCUUUAAAGAAAGGCUUCGCAGCUGGAAAGAGGGAUUUUCUUGGCUUUGAUGGUGCUUUCAUGAAGGGUCCAUUUCCAGGACAAAUUCUUUCAGCCGUGGGACUAGAUGGCAUGGAAGAGCUAAAGAAAUUAAACAAGGAUUGUUAUGAGUGGCUUAAGAAGAUACCACCUCAGCACUGGUCUAGGUCCCAUUUCACUGGGAGAGCACAUUCUGAUGUGAUUCUUAAUAACUUGUGUGAAACAUUCAAUGGAAAACUGAAUGAGGGUCGUAGACCAAAGAAGAAACGCAGAAAAUCAGCUUAUGAAAUUGAUGACAUGGUGAAGGGUAAUAGUGCAUCAAGAAUCCUUCAGUCGGUUACUUGUUCAAAGUGCAACAACAUUGGUCAUAAUGCAAGGAGUUGUAAGGGACAAAAAGCUAGUGCUCCUAGUGGUUCUGGUGGUCCUGGUGGUUCUGGUAAGGGAAAAGGAAAAGCUGGUUGA